AUGUCCUCUAUGAGGGCUCCCCCCUCGCUGCUCCUGCUCCUGCUCCUGUGGUUAUGCGCUGACCGCGUGGUUGGAGAAGAAACCUCCUUUUACAAAUCCAGACCCGAUAUCUACCCUCCAGUCUUCAACGUGGAAAAGUCCGAGUCGGAUAAACUAAGCUCAGGUUAUAUCUUCAUCACACCAUAUGAGCUGUCAAAUCCCGGUCCUUAUAUUUUUGACACCACAGGGGAGUUGGUAUGGAGUGGCUGGGGAAUUUCAGGGCCCGGCAAUGCGCACGGCAUCCAUGUGUGCCAGUACAAUGGCGCCGAUCAUCUAUGUUUCUUCCAGGGAAACCAGCAGAAAGGAUAUUGUCGGGGCCAUGGUAUCAUUAUGGAUAAUCAGUACCGGGUCGUACGAUCUGUGCAACCCGGCGGAGGAAUGGCUUCGAGUGACAUGCACGAAUUCCGUCCGAUCAAUGAUGGCAAGACUGCUUUGAUGACUAUUUACCAGCAACGCCAAUUUGAUAUGACUCCAUGGAACGUCAAGACCGGCGUCGGAUGGGUGAUGGAGAGUGUGUUCCAGGAAGUGGAUAUCGAGACUAAUAAGGUCUUGUUUGAAUGGCGCUCGCUCGAUCAUGUUGAUCCUUCAAUGAGUUAUACUUGGCCUUCGCACACGGAUACCUCCGGCACUGGACUGAAUGUGCACGAGCCGUGGGAUUACUUCCAUAUCAACUCGGUUGAUAAGAACGCCGAUGGUGACUAUUUGAUCUCGUCGAGACAUACCUGUGCCAUUUACAAGAUCUCUGGAAAAGACGGAUCGGUUCUUUGGAGGCUUCAUGGUGCACAGCCGACAUUUAAGAACAUCAACUUCAGUUUCUCGCAGCAACACGAUGCGCGAUGGUUAUUCGAAAAUGCAACACACUCUGUUGUCUCGCUUUACAACAAUGGUUACAAUGGAUACAACCAGACUCAUGCUCAUUCGGCUGGUAUGAUUAUUUUAAUCGACCAUGUGGAAAACACGGCUCUUCAGCUGCGUGAUUAUGCGCCCAUUCGAAAUGACCUGGUGAGCUCAAGUCAAGGAAACCUACAAAUGCUACCAAACAGAAAUGUAUUCAUUGGAUGGGGCAACAAUCCAUUUGUUUCCGAGCAUGACGAGGCAGGCAAUCUGUUGUUUUGGGGUGCCUUCGCCAAAGAUACUGUCAUGAACUACCGCGCCACGAAGUUCGAAUGGGACGGUAUGCCAACCGACUCACCGGCUCUCUGGUCCUAUUCCCGCACCGCCGAACCCAUCUCCCCAACAAGCUUCUACGUCAGCUGGAAUGGCGCAACCCUCGUCAAGACAUGGCGAUUUUACGGAGCAAUGAACAUUACUGGACCGUGGACCUUGCUAGACGAGGUCAACAAAACCGGCUUCGAAACCGAAUAUACCAAUGCCAGCUUCUACCUCUGGUCCAAGGUUGAAGGCAUAGAUAGCGAAGGCAAAAUCCUGGGCAAAUCCGAAACAAAAUACACCUUUGUUCCCUCCUCCGAACUACGUGAAUUCUGCGCCGACUCGACCUGUCUCGAUGCCCCCGGCUACGGAUUCCCAGGCGAAGAAGCCGCCCGACCAUUCAUACCCCCUGUUGGCGUCAACACAGUCCCCUGGAUCGACCCCGACAACCCCGGAUCCAAUAUCUGGACAUACCCCUCCAACUACCCACACUCAUCAGGUACAAUGACUUACUCGAACCGGUGGAAUUUUGGACGAUUACUCGCCUGGGGCAGUGUCUGUCUCGUGGCGAUCCCCUUCUUUGCGGGUAUCUACUUUGCAUAUCGCUAUUACCAUAAACGUCAACUCGACCACCUGCGGGACCAGGAGUCUUCUGAGCCAUUGAAUGGCAUGGCUGAGCGGAAAGAACCUCCCAUCCGCGCCACUGAUCUUCCCUGGUGGAAUUGGCGCAGGUGGACCGCCGAGGGUGAACCUUCUCGCUAUUUCCCGCUCCGGGGGGGGAUUUACCAGUAA